AAGCUGGUAAAUAGUUUCAUGUUGUAAAUGCUUUUAUAAAGCUGAAACUACACUGUCUGUCUCUCUAGAUUACUAAAGUGUUUUCUGUUCAGUAUGACUCUUUCAUUGACGUUUCUGCAGUUCAGUUCAGGAAUGAUUCUGCGCUGGUGGGUGUAGAUGUUGACCUUGAGUUUGAAAAUCCGAGCCCAAACCUGUGUCAGGUCACGGCCACUCUUUUUUCCCUUGCUCUUAUCCCCUCCUUCUUCAGCUUUCCUGUAGAUCCCUGGACAAUAAUGGAAAGGACAACAGCAACUACAGCAACAACCAAAACUGCAAUGGAAACAACUGGUAAUAUGACAACUGAUAGAGUAACAACAGAAAGUACAACUGGAAAGAGAGUUUUUUCUACAAGAAAAGCAACAACAGUAGAAAUAGGCCAAUUGAUGACUCAUUUUACAAGUGAAGGAAUGACGAGAGCUAUGAGUGAAAUGACAGUUGCUUCUACAGCAAAAAGUACAACUGCAGCUACAAGUGGAAAGACUGUUCAUUCUACAGGCAACGCAAUGAUAAAUUCAAGUGAAAUGACAACUGCUUUUAUAUCAAAAAGUACAACUGCAGCCACAGCUGUAAUGACUGCUUCGUCUAUAGCUAAAGCAAUCGAAAACUCAAGUGAAGUAACAACUGCUUCUACAGCAAAUAGAACAACUGCAGGGACUGCUGGAAAGACUGCUCAUUCUACAGCUAAAGCAAUGAUAAAUUCAAAUGACAUAUCAACUGCUUCUACAGUGAAAAGUACAACUGCAGCCACAGCUGGAAUGACUGCUCCUUCUACAACUAAAGCAAUCGAAAACUUACAUGAAAUAACAACUGCUUCUGCAGUGAAAAGUGCAACUCCAGCUGGAUUAACUGCUCAUUCUGCAGCUAAAGCAAUAACAAAUUCAAGUGAAAUAACAACUGCUUUUAUAUCAAAAAGUACAACUGCAGCUACAGCGGCAAAUACUGCUCAUUCUACAGCUAAAGCAACGACAAAUUCAAAUGAAAUGACAACUGCUUCUACAGUGAAAAGUACAACUACAGUUACAGCUGUAAUGACUGCUCCGUCUACAGCUAAAGCAACGACAAAUUCAAGUGAAAUGACAACUGCUUCUGUAGUGAAAAGUACAACUGCAGCUACAAGUGGAAACACUGCUCAUUUGACAGGCAAAGCAAUGACAAAUUCAAGUGAAAUUACAAUUGCUUUUACAGUAAAAACUAUAACUGCAGCUACAGCUGUAAUGACUGCUCCAUCUACAGCUAAAGCAAUGACAAAUUCAAGUGAAAUGACAACUGCUUCUAUGGUGAAAAGUACAACUGCAGCUACAAGUGGAAACACUGCUCAUUUGACAGGCAAAGCAAUAACAAAUGCAGGUGAAAUAACAACUGCUUUUAUAUCAAAAAGUACAACUGCAGCUACAGCGGGAAAGACUGCUCAUUCUACAGCUAAAGCAAUGACAAAUUCAAAUGAAAUGACAACUGCUUCUAUAGUGAAAAGUACAACUGCAGCUACAAGUGGAAACACUGCUCAUUUGACAGGCAAAGCAAUAACAAAUUCAAGUGAAAUAACAACUGCUUUUAUAUCAAAAAGUACAACUGCAGCUACAGCUGGAAUGACUGCUCCGUCUACAGCUAAAGGAAUGACAAAUUCAAGUGAAAUGACAACUGCUUCUAUAGUGAAAAGUACAACUGCAGCUACAAGUGGAAACACUGCUCAUUUGACAGGCAAAGCAAUAACAAAUUCAAGUGAAAUAACAACUGCUUUUAUAUCAAAAAGUACAACUGCAGCUACAGCGGGAAAGACUGCUCAUUCUACAGCUAAAGCAAUGACAAAUUCAAAUGAAAUGACAACUGCUUCUAUAGUGAAAAGUACAACUGCAGCUACAGCUGGAAUGACUGCUCCGUCUACAGCUAAAGCAAUGACAAAUUCAAAUGAAAUGACAACUGCUUCUAUAGUGAAAAGUACAACUGCAGCUACAAGUGGAAACACUGCUCAUUUGACAGGCAAAGCAAUAACAAAUUCAAGUGAAAUAACAACUGCUUUUAUAUCAAAAAGUACAACUGCAGCUACAGCUGGAAUGACUGCUCCGUCUACAGCUAAAGGAAUGACAAAUUCAAGUGAAAUGACAACUGCUUCUAUAGUGAGAAGUACAACUGCAGCUACAGCUGGAAUGACUGCUCCGUCUACAGCUAAAGCAAUGACAAAUUCAAGUGAAAUGACAACUGCUUCUAUAGUGAAAAGUACAACUGCAGCUACAAGUGGAAACACUGCUCAUUUGACAGGCAAAGCAAUAACAAAUUCAAGUGAAAUAACAACUGCUUUUAUAUCAAAAAGUACAACUGCAGCUACAGCGGCAAAUACUGCUCAUUCUACAGCUAAAGCAACGACAAAUUCAAAUGAAAUGACAACUGCUUCUACAGUGAAAAGUACAACUACAGUUACAGCUGUAAUGACUGCUCCGUCUACAGCUAAAGCAACGACAAAUUCAAGUGAAAUGACAACUGCUUCUGUAGUGAAAAGUACAACUGCAGCUACAAGUGGAAACACUGCUCAUUUGACAGGCAAAGCAAUGACAAAUUCAAGUGAAAUAACAACUGCUUUUAUAUCAAAAAGUACAACUGCAGCUACAGCUGGAAUGACUGCUCAUUCUACAGCUAAAGCAAUGACAAAUUCAAAUGAAAUGACAACUGCUUCUAUAGUGAAAAGUACAACUGCAGCUACAGCUGGAAUGACUGCUCCGUCUACAGCUAAAGCAAUGACAAAUUCAAGUGAAAUGACAACUACUUCUAUAGUGAAAAGUACAACUGCAGCUACAAGUGGAAACACUGCUCAUUUGACAGGCAAAGCAAUAACAAAUUCAAGUGAAAUAACAACUGCUUUUAUAUCAAAAAGUACAACUGCAGCUACAGCUGGAAUGACUGCUCCGUCUACAGCUAAAGGAAUGACAAAUUCAAGUGAAAUGACAACUGCUUCUAUAGUGAAAAGUACAACUGCAGCUACAAGUGGAAACACUGCUCAUUUGACAGGCAAAGCAAUAACAAAUUCAAGUGAAAUAACAACUGCUUUUAUAUCAAAAAGUACAACUGCAGCUACAGCGGGAAAGAUUGCUCAUUCUACAGCUAAAGCAAUGACAAAUUCAAAUGAAAUGACAACUGCUUCUAUAGUGAAAAGUACAACUGCAGCUACAGCUGUGAUGACUGCUCCGUCUACAGCUAAAGCAAUGACAAAUUCAAGUGAAAUGACAACUGCUUCUACAGUGAAAAGUACAACUGCAGCUACAAGUGGAAACACUGCUCAUUUGACAGGCAAAGCAAUAACAAAUUCAAGUGAAAUAACAACUGCUUUUAUAUCAAAAAGUACAACUGCAGCUACAGCGGGAAAGACUGCUCAUUCUACAGCUAAAGCAAUGACAAAUUCAAGUGAAAUUACAACUGCUUCUACAAUGAAAAGUAUAACUGCAGCUACAGCUAGAAUGACUGCUCUGUCUACAGCUAAGGUAAUCAAAAAUUCAAGUGAAAUAACAACUGCUUCUGCAGUGAAAAGUACAACUGCAGCUACAGCUGGAACAAUUGCUCCGUCUACAGCUAAGAUAAUCAAAAAUUCAAAUGAAAUAACUACUGCUUUUAUAGCAAAAAGUACAACUGCAGCCACACCUGGAAAGACUGCUCAUUCUACAGAUAAAACAAUGACAAAUUCAAGUGAAAUGAGACCUGCUUCUACAGUGAAAAGAACAACUGCAGCUAUACCUGGAUUGACUGCUUAUUCUACAGCUAAAGAAAUAACAAAUUCAAGGGAAAUAGCAACUGCUUCUACAGUGAAAAGUGCAACUGCAGCUGGAUUAACUGCUUCUAUAGCAAAGACAAAAGCUACUGCUACCAAGAAUACUCUUUCUACAACCAUUGCAAAAAUGGUGGCUACACCUGAAAUGAAAACUACUUCCACAGAAAUUGCAGCUACACCUGUGAAGACUACUCGAACAACUAAUGCUGCAGUUCAUCCAGAAAAAAUUUUAGUUGUGUUUGCUAUUAUGACGACAUUUACACCAGAGCUUAAUGAUAAGAACUCAAUGGGUUACAAAGCAUUAGAGACUACAGUGGUUACCGAGCUUAGCAAAAUUUAUCAGAAGCAAUAUGGUGAUAUUUUCAUUGGGGUGAUUAUAUUACAAUUCAGGGCCGGAUCUGUCAUCGUGGACUCUGAGGUGAAGCUGAACACCUCUGCAUCAAUAUCUCCGUCAAGUGGAUUUCCCACUCCAAAGGACUUGAAGGACGUACUGGUGGAAGCCGUCACAAACAAUACCAUCUCUAGCUUUAAUAUUAGUGUUGAAAGUAUAUCCGCCCAAGUUGUAAUACAAACUACACUGCAGCCCAGUACAGGAAGAACUACUACAAUGUCUCUUUCCACUAAAAAAUCCAACAUUGCCACUAGUGGACGGCGUAAUGAUUCCACUGUCACAACUUCUUCUACCAGCACAGCUAGUCUUCCAACCACAACCUCACUCACCACUACUGUCAGAUUGCGGUUUUCCUUGUCACAGACUUUUGUUCAGGAAUUAAAGAACAACAGUUCACUGCCAAAUUCAAUGACAAAUUCAAGUGAAAUGACAACUGCUUCUACAGCAAAAAGUACAACUGCAGUUACAAUUCGAAAUACUUCUCAUUCUACAGCUAAAGCAAUGACAAAUUCAAGUGAAAUUACAGUUGCUUUUACAGUAAAAACUACAACUGCAGCCACAGGUGGAAUGACUGCUCUGUCUACAGCUAAAGCAAUGACAAAUUCAAGUGAAAUAGCAACUGCUUCUACAGUGAAAAGUGCAACUGCAGCUGGAUUAACUGCUUCUAUAGCAAAGGCAAAAGCUACUGCUACGAAGAAUACUCUUUCUACAACCACUGCAAAAAUGGUGGCUACACCUGAAAUGAAAACUACUUCCACAGAAAUUGCAGCUACACCUGUGAAGACUACUCCAACAACUAAUGCUGCAGUUCAUCCAGAAAAAUUUUUACUUGUGUUUGCUAUAAUGACGACAUUUACACCAGAGCUUAAUGAUAAGAACUCAAUGGGUUACAAAGCAUUAGAGACUACAGUGGUUACCGAGCUUAGCAAAAUUUAUCAGAAGCAAUAUGGUGAUAUUUUCAUUGGGGUGAUUAUAUUACAAUUCAGGGCCGGAUCUGUCAUCGUGGACUCUGAGGUGAAGCUGAACACCUCUGCAUCAAUAUCUCCGUCAAGUGGAUUUCCCACUCCAAAGGACUUGAAGGACGUCCUGGUGGAAGCCGUCACAAAGAAUACCAUCUCUAGCUUUAAUAUUAGUGUUGAAAGUAUAUCCGCCCAAGUUUUAAUACAAACUACACUGCAGCCCAGUACAGGAAGAACUACUACAGUGUCUCUUUCCACUAAAAAAUCCAACAUUGCCACUAGUGGACGGCGUAAUGAUUCCACUGUCACAACUUCUUCUACCAGCACUGCUAGUUUUCCAACCACAGCCUCACUCACCACUACUGUCAGAUUGCGGUUUUCCUUGUCACAGACUUUUGUUCAGGAAUUAAAGAACAACAGUUCACCUCAAUUCCAAGAAUUAGCAGCAAAGGUGACCUUGGUGCUCAGUAACGUGUACACGGAGAAAUUUGGUAGUAAAUAUAGAGGCAGUAAAGUGAUUCAAUUCAGUCAGGGAUCAGUGGUGACAGAUGUAAAUCUAACAUUCAGCACCUCAGCUGCUCCGAGCUCAUCCGAAAUAAUAAAUGCCCUAAAACAGGCAAUCAGCAGCAUCAGCAUUCUCACCAUACAGCCUGACUCCAUCCAAGUGAUUGAAUUGGCAGCCACUCCAGGUACAGCAGGAGGAAACAGGCCUCAUGGAUCCUUGUUGCUGGCAAUUGGCAUUUUCCUCCUUGCCAGAAAUCUCUAGAUAUACCUGGUGUGUCCACCAUGGUACACCAAGAGCAAAGAAAUUAUCAUAAUUCCUUCGUGUAUUAAUGACUAUGUAUGUUAAUUUCUAUAUUUAUUCUGCUCUGUUACCUCUUAAUACUGCACUUUAAUUAAUCACUGAUAUAAUUGUUAGCCUUUCUGGGCUAUUAUUAGUUUUUCUAUACAGAAUUUAUGGAGUUAUAAUUUUUUUACAUGAUUUUUUGGUUGUAAUCUUUAACACUAUGGCACUUAAAUUUGCCUUUACAUCAAAAGAAUAGUAUCUGUCACUUUGUGUAGCAAAAUUAAUUGUUUACAUCAAACAAUAAAAAGUAUGUCUUAUAAAUAGCAUAAA